GGCAGAGACCAGUCGUGCAAGGGUUUUCCACGAGUUGAGGGGUUAACGGGUGAUGAAAAAAAAAGGGUAAUGUGGGCGGAAUAUAAACGUUAUCAAUCACCCAUAUCCCCAUAAUCUCUGAAGACCCCUAAGGCCCACCUCGACUGCUAAAAAACUCCGUGAAAACGACAAGUGUAACCAAUAACGUUGGUCUCUUCACCCAAAGCACCUCCAAAAUGCUGAUCCCAGUGUUUUAACAACCGACUCCCAAAGACUGAUAACGCAGUGAGUGACUAGUGAAUUUUCAGACAAUUCAACGUUUGUCGUUUAGAUAAUUUUUGAUAAAUAAGAGAGAAAAUAAGUGAAUACGUAGCUGACAGUGCGGUGGGGUUUGGGGGGAGGGUGGCGGUUUUUAAAGAGGGGGAUAGAGAGCGCGUGCAAAGGUGAGAGUCGUGAAGCGUUUACAUUAUCAACAACAAUGGACGGUAGCUCAAAACAGCCAUCGUCCGACGUAACGGCAAUGGAUAAUACAAGUGGCAAUAAAAGUGAUAACAAUACCCACUGUGCAUCACCAAACAAUGCAACAACAGGCGAUCACGACACUGAAUCAACCAAAGUAUCAGCGCCAAUGUCUGUGACAUCAUUCAAUGACGGCACAUUCUGCACCACCAAGCCACGUCCAAGCAGUCGAAAAUUAUCGAGUGUCGAAGCUAUUGACAUACACGAGAAUAGAAAUAUCCACUAUCCACCCAGUGGUGUAUUAACAACACCAACAUCACCAGCAUCACCACCGGGGUGUGGCUGUAUGCCUGUUGGUAUACCCAUUAUUGAUAAUGACCAAAUAACCUUAAGUAUAACACCUACUACCGGGGGAUUGUUCGAUAUCACUGUCGAGAGAAACGAGACCAUCGAGAACCUCAAGAAAAUCAUAUCCAAGAGGCUCAAAGUUGCUAAGGAGAGAAUUUGCCUUCUUCAUCGCGAGAGACAGCUGAGGGAAGGUACACUCAAGGAAAAUCGUCUGCAGAAUGGCAGCCGAUUGACUCUUCUCCCCAGCGUGGAAACUGGGCUUAUGGGACAACGCCCAGAGCAGAGUGUAAUGCAGGCACUGGAGUCGCUGAAUGAUUCCCAGGUGAACGACUUCCUGUCUGGGAUAGCCCCCUUGAACCUGACAAUGCGACUGGGUGAUCAGAUGAUGUUAAUUCAGCUGCAACUGUCAACAGUGACACCGACCACACCAGUUGGUGCUCCAGGCCAGUCUGGUGUGCAACGCCCACCCCAGACCACCAGUGAUAGAAGCGAUACAAUCGGUGCAUGUGGUACCACGACAUCAUCAUCGUCAUCAUCAUCUCCAGCAUCAACAUCUUCAGUAUCAAGCACAAAUGAUACAAGCUCACAGAGACGAAGUGGUGAGCAUCUUGCAAGGAGCAUGAGAAUCACAAAACAGAGUGGCAGUGGUACCACAUCGUCAUUGAUAAGCAGCUUGGCGUCAGCUCUACAGGCAGCAAGUUGUAGCCCGAGCCUGUCGACCGCCACAACGACAACUAAUCCCUGCACGAGUGAUCGCUCAAUGUCGUCAACGCCCUCGUCCUCGUCCUCGAGUCAGUGUGACAAUAGUGCCGCUCCAGACUCAUCAAAUUCCUCUAGACUCUUCUGGAAUCGUCGACCCUUCUCCCACUAUCGACACAAUCAUCAUCACCAUCAUCACCAUCAUCAUCACCAUCAUCAUCAUUACCAUUAUCAUCCGAGAAACAAACAGGUCUCGUGUGAGAACCAUCAAGCUACCUCAAGCCUCAAUGAGACACCACCGCCAUCACCAACGCCCAAUCAGCAGGGCCAGGACACCAGGUCCUAUACACCACCAAAGAAGAAGAUUUGUUUCAUGGGGCAUCAUCGUUAUCACCAGGAGGACAGCUCUGGCUGUGAGGGAAGUCCGCAGAGCAGUGGAUCCAGUGGUGGGUUGGGUGGAAGCGAAAGAGUUACCACUGCCACUUUGGACACUAGGGCACUUGCUGAGGCAUCGAGGAAUCUCACGCAGAAACUCAAGCAGCUGUCUUCUGAGGUACUUACCUCGCGGGUCGACCUCGCCGAGGAACAUGCACGACGCAGACAAGGUGCAAUAAUCGAGAGCAUGCAUCACCAUGGAAAGGGCGUUUAUUCGGGGACCUUCAGUGGUACUCUGAACCCAGCCCUCCAGGAUCGCAAUGGACGCCCAAAACGUGACAUAAGCACAAUCAUUCACAUCUUGAACGAUCUACUCUGUGCAACACCGGCGUCAGGAGUCACGAGUGUUGGCUACUACAGAUCAUCACAUCAUCACAGACAUUCCAGUGGUCGCCAGCAGUUGCCUGGCAGUUCCACAGCAGCCGGGGGCCAAACCGUCGAGAAUCCUCCGGAGAAUACAUCCACUUAUUCCAUGGAAGAGCUCUCGAAGGAGAACGAAGCAACGAAAGGGAAGAUGCGUCGUCUUCGUCUGGUGAUGGAGCAGCGUCGUGCUAAGAGGAAAGCAAGAAGACAAGCCCGAGCAGCUCCUUACACAACUCAGUGGGCAGCAGUGGCUCCAACACCAGGAGGAGCUCACGAUCCUAACACAUCAGCCUCAUCAACGAGUGCUAAUGCAAAAGAGCCACAAAAUGAGACCGAGGCCACCACUGGGCCAGUGGUCGCUUGAAAUUUAUCCAUCAUUCAGCGGCUCUCACUUCCACGGUAGUUCCACACAAUUCGAAUUAAAAACAAAAUGAUUAAAAAAAUUAAUGAAAAUUUUGAAAUCCACCUGCUUCGAACUUAUCGAUUCGCUCACCUAUCUCCAUCCCAACAUAGAUGACAAUAAAUUUAAGGUGGUAUUUUUUUUAUUAAGAAUGAUUGUUUGAUCUUCUUGAGUAAAUUGUUGAUUUUGUAAGUAAUUUUUGUGACCUCUGGGAACUGCAUCUUAAUGACUGUAAUUGGUGCAAUGAUUUAUCAACUUGCUUAGGUAAAAAUGCAAGGGCCAACUGGCGAUUUGUAAGAAUUUCCAUUGAUGAUUCAUUAGGAAAUUCAUCGCCGUUUGGGAACCAGCAAUUUAAUAAAUAUUGUUUAGUGUCCCUGUCCCCCAUCAUUGAUGAUUAAAUAAUUCAUAAUAAUUCAAUUCAAUUUUUCGUGGGGGACUGAUGUAAUUGGGCGAUUUAAUCUAGGUUUUCGAGUUAAAGAAAAAAAAUUAGAUACAUUUGAGUUAUUGGUAUUUCGUAUUAAUUCGAUGGUUGUUGAUGAUUGAGUGGAGUGGGUUAUCACUCCAGUUUCUUUUUCUUUCUUUUUUGGUUCUUUUUCUAUUAUUGGAAGUGUUAUUUCGUAUGGGGUUUUUUGGUGUAGUGGCCCACAUGGGUCACACCCUCGAGACAAUUUUUUUAUCGCUGUUAAGGGAGGAAUAGAUGAAAUAAAGAUGGAACAGAGGCUCUGACCUCUGAAUACGUUUUAGGAAUUUUCUUUGGGACAAUUUUAUGUCUGAACCAUGAGUGCUUAUACUUAUCGGGUUUUACGAGGAUGUUUGCUGUCUGUUGAUUGGGAGAGAAUUGGAAAAUCGAGGCUUGAAGGGAGUGUGAGGGAUGAAUAAUAUAGAGAAUGUGUAUGGGCCCAUCCUCUAGGUAGAUUUAGCAGACUCUUAUUUGCGCAUAAGGUCGUACUAUAAAUGAAUAAAACAUUGUAUCACCCUAAUAGUAUACUGCCUUAGGUUAUUUAGGAUGAAUUAUUAUUACUACUGUCAUUAUUAUUGAAUAUUACUACAGUUUUGCAAACUGGCUCAAGAUUGUAUCAUACACACUACUGAAACACUAUGGAGUACCAAAAUAAAUAAGAUUGCUUGCUAAGUCCAA